AUGAAGCACAUCGCAUCAAUCAUCGGCAACCCCUCGCUCGCCCUUCUGGACCCAUCCGUCUUCUCCGUCGCAGCAGCAGCUUACACAGCGGUCAACGAACGAUGCACCUCCAUCCUCGGCCACCCUCCCUGCCAGCUCUUCACACCAAAACUUGGGCCUGCAUCUAGAACGUGCUCGCGCCUUCCCUUUCCCCCACCCUCCCAUCCUGUCGUUCGCUGGCUGGCCGCUCCAUUAUUACUAUCGAUACACCACACGCAGUACUCCGUGACUCAGUCUCACGACCAUGGGCCCGCCACAGCAGCGGCUUCCCAACUCGCACCUGUCGACCCUCCAAUCGAACUCUGUCACGCCCGCGCCAAUUACAAUUCCAUUCGGACUGCUACGGCAGUCUUCUGGAACGCUUGCCAAUGGCCACCCUCCGUCACUGGGGCCGUGGAUGACACACCAUACGUGACACCAGACCCUGCUCUGUGCCCCGCGAUUCCCAGACUCAACUGUCUACUGCUUACUUACAUAGCCUUCAGCAUCCAGGCGGGCCUGUCCUCAGCGUAG